AUGCAGCCUGCGAACUAUACGAGGCCAACUGAGUUUAUAUUUAUCGGAUUCACAGAUUAUCUGCCAUUAAGAUUCAUGCUGUUCUUGGUGUUUCUUGUAGUGUAUACAUUAACUGUGGUGGGAAAUAUGGGCUUAAUUAUCCUAGUUAGUAUUGAUUUAAGCCUUCAAACUCCCAUGUACCACUUUCUUAGCAAUCUCUCUUUCUUAGAUCUCAGCUAUUCUACAGCCAUUGCUCCAAAAAUGCUGGUAGACUUCUUAGUCUCCACGAAGAGCAUUUCUUUCUAUGGAUGUGCUAUACAGAUGUUCUUCUUUGCAUGCUUUGCAGAUGCGGAGUGCCUUAUCCUGGCUGCAAUGGCUUAUGACCGCUAUGCAGCAAUUUGUAACCCACUGCUUUACUCUACACUGGUGUCUCGAAGGGUCUGCUUCAGCCUCGUUGUGUUGGCCUAUUUCAGUGGAAGUGUGACCUCACUGGUGCAUGUGUCCCUCACAUUUAUGCUUCCAUACUGUGGCUCCAAUGUUGUCAACCACUUUUUUUGUGAUAUCCCACCUCUGCUUGCUUUAUCAUGUGCAGAUACUCAUGUUAAUGAGCUUCUGCUCUUUGCCUUAUGUGGCACAAUUCAGACCAGCACCUUUCUGGUGAUACUUAUUUCUUAUUUCUGCAUCCUUAUAACCGUUUUGAGCAUCAAGUCCUCAGGAGGCAGGAGCAAAACCUUCUCCACUUGUGCAUCCCAUCUCAUGGCUGUGAUUUUGUUUUAUGGAACACUCCUGUUUAUGUACUUGCGUCCUACCACCAGCUACUCCCCCAACACCGAUAAGAUAGUUGCUCUGUUUUACACUGUUGUCUUUCCAAUGCUGAAUCCAAUUAUUUACAGCUUCAGAAACAAGGAUGUGAAAAAUGCACUCAAAAGAUUAUCUGAAAGAAAGCGGAUCUUCAAAUAA